UCGAAGGAAAGAUGGCGGAAGAACUGGACCGAGUGCGAAUCUCCGCCGCGGAACUCCGAGCCGAGGCGUCGAGUGCCGGGAACAGCACCGACUGUCAGAAAGAUGAGCAGCAUGUACCCAAGCAACAUUUGAAGCGGGAAGCAAAGCGCCCUGAUCAGCAGCGCUUCAAACCAGCAGCUGGACAUGGACGGCAUCACCAUGACAGUGAGGAGGGCGAAACCUGUCAAAGCGAUCCCCCGGUCACUUGUGUACAUGAGCAUGAUAAACCAUUGCAGAGUGAGAAAAAGGCGAUCUCUGAAAAAGUUUCAGACUCCACAGAUGGUGGGACGGGCACUGACCUCGGGGAAGAAGACAGGGUGAGAGGUGAUGGAAGUAACACUCAGAACCGUAAAAAGGGCAGCCACUCGCGGCCUAAAAUGGAAGCAAAUCAAGAAAAGACCUUUGUCGAAAAUGACAAAGAACACCAGGAACCCGCUGGAACUGCUAAACCAGCAAGGAAAGCACGCAAACCUGACCGGGAAUUGUAUCAACCUGGGACCCGCAGGAGUACCCAGGGAAAGGAGUAUGGAGUUGGAAAAGAGCAAGAUACACCUCCCCCUGGGAAGCAGGAGCAUAAAACUGAGCCAGAAGCCGAGGAAAUGGAGGUGAACAAAAAGAGAUCCCCAGAGAAGCCAAGAGGGAAAGUUAAAGAAGUAAAAGAUACACAGGAAAAUGUAAAGGUUUCCAAAUCCAGUGAGACAAACAGAAAGCAAGGAAGCCGAGAUGUUCAAAAGCCUUUGUUACCACCUGAUGCUUCAGUGGAGAAAAUGACCUGCAUGGUGGAAAAACUCAGCAUGAAAGAAAAGGGUAAAAUUGGAAGUGAAGGCCAAGAUGUUGGAGAGUUAAGUUGCAGGAGAGGGAAAACCACUGAAAAGGGAGAGCAGGGCCAAAGGGGUGGGGCAAAAGAAGAGGAGGAAAAGAUAGAUAGGACGAGAGGAAACCGCAGGAGAAGAGGAGGGGAGAAGGAAAAAGAGGGGAAUCGGGAUGGCAUAAGUGGUGGAGGAAGGAGUGACCAAGGGAAGGAUGAGAAAGAGAGAGACCGGAGGGCAGUAGAAGCAGACAGGGAUAACAAACCAGCUAAGACAGUAGAGACACACCAAAGCAAACUGAGAGAAAAUCGUGGAGAAAACAGAAGAGGAGGAGAUUACAAUAACAACCGGUCCAGAGAAGCUGAGAAAGAUGUUAAUACAGAAAAAAAUGUAGACAGGAUUGAAGAAAGAGUAAACAGAAACCAAUUCAAUGCAAACAUCACGCCAUCAUCAUCAAAGAGAUAUUCCAAGUCAGAUAUUCGACGCCCUCGGAAUCGAACCUACAGCAGUAGCUCAGCAAGCAGCGUGACCAGCCUCGAAGGUCCGGGAGUAGGGAUGAAUUUGGAAAAUACCAAGUGGCCACGCUUGCACCCUAAGCUCAAUAAUAAAGAGAAGAUGGCUACUUGUAGGGACGGACAGAGGAGGCAUUUAAAAAGCUGGCCAACUAACGGGGAAUCAUCUACAGAAUCCCUGGAAAGGAGUGAGAAAGGCGACGUAGCAGAGAAUAGAAGGCGGAGGAGAAGAGGAGGGGAGGACGAACUAAGUGCAGCGAGACGGAGGGAAGAAAGGAAGGGAAACAGGGGUGUAGGUCGGGGAAUACUAAGGGUUUCAAUCGAGAAACAUUCAGUUUCCACACCACAUAGUGGGGAUCCACAACAUUGCAAGCAAGGCCUGGUUCCUCGUGCCAGAGGUGGGGGUAUCCUGGUGCUUCCAUCCCACACAGACAUCUCUAGCUCCCCUGGGGUUGGGCAAAGGCUUUUUGGUGGAAUUAGGGGGGGUGCGGCCUCCAGCAGUAGAGGAGGCAGAGGAGGAGUGAGACGGCUUUGGGAUCCCAAUAACCCAGACCAGAAACCUGCCCUUACCAGCACUCAGUCCUCACAACAUAAAUCUCUCCAACAGCCUAUAUAUCUUCAGACAGGGACUGGAUAUGGACAACUUCACUUUCUGGACACAGACGAUGAGGUAGCAGGCAGUCCUCCAGUCCCGCAGGGUGAGCACCUUCGAUCCCAGCAGCCUGCUGCCAUAGCCCACUACAAAUUCCAAAACUCUGACAACCCCUAUGGCUACCCCAUGCCAACCAGCAGCCCACACAGUCCUGGCAACACCACCAGCCAACGCUAUCCAUAUCCAUAUCAUAUAGGGCCCUACCAAACGGCGCCCCCUUCUAACGGUAUGUACCCGGGCCCUGGGAUGGGUCAGAUCGGUGGGAGUUACAAGGGAGCAGCUUAUUCUCAGCCAGGUGCGGGAGGUAGUUUGAGUUUUCAAGAGGUGGAGCAACAGGCCAGGGGGGAGCUGGGAAAGCUGUUGAGGGCUGCGGAUACACAGGAGCUCCUGCUCAGUAACUUGCUGUCCAGGGACAGAGUGAGUGCGGAUGGACUGGAUCGCAUGGCCCAGCUCAGAGGGGACCUUUUGCGGGUAUAUGAGCAGGUCAUCCUCACAGACAUAGAGUUUUCAGACUCUCAGAAUUUGGAUCAAGCUUUGUGGAAGAAUGUGUUUUACCAGGUCAUAGAGCGAUUCCGGCAACUACUCAAAGACCCCGCCUCUGACAAUACCCCUCAUAUCAGGAACAUGUUGCUCACGCUGCUUGAUGAGGGAUCACUCUUCUUCGAUGCUCUGCUUCUGAAGCUGCAGACAGUAUACCAGUUUAAGUUGGAGGAUUACAUGGAUGGCAUGGCUAUAAGGGCUCGGCCAUUACGCAAAAUGGUCAAAUAUGCACUUAUUAGUGCUCAGCGCUGCAUGAUUUGUCAGGGAGAUAUCGCACGUUACCGGGAACAAGCCAGCGACUCGGCCAACUACGGCAAGGCUCGCAGCUGGUAUCUGAAAGCCCAGCAGAUUGCCCCCAAAAAUGGACGACCAUAUAACCAGCUGGCCCUGCUGGCAGUGUAUACAAAGAGGAAGUUGGACGCUGUGUAUUAUUACAUGCGAAGCUUGGCAGCUUCCAACCCCAUCCUCACGGCAAAGGAGAGCCUGAUGAGUCUGUUUGAAGAAGCUAAGCGAAAGACAGAGCAGUUUGAGGGAAGGAGGAAGAAGGAGCAUGAAGGGGGAUCUCGGGGUCCACUAGUGAGAGGAAGAGGAAGAGGGGAAGAGGGAGCACGUGUGGAGAUCUGGAUUCGCCCCAGCGCGCAAGCAGCAACCCCUUCCUCACAUAGAGGAGGUAGUGAGUCCAGCAGAGACUCUGAACUGGAUGGAGAGCUGGGGAGUCUCAGCGCAAGUGACUUAAACAAGAGGUUCAUUCUGAGGUUCUUGCAUGCACAUGGCAAGCUCUUCACUAAAGUCGGCAUGGAGUCAUUCCCCGGGGUGGCGAGCCGUGUUCUGCAGGAGUUCAAGAAGUUACUCCAGCAUGGACCUUCCCUACUGGGCAGCACACACAUGCUGCAGAUCAUCACCAUCAACAUGUUCAGUAUACACAAUGCCCACAGCAGAGAUGAAGGAGGAGAUGUGCGGUCCGUUUUGCAGGAGCAAAGCACUGCGCUGGGCCUCGGCAUGUUUGCACUUCUGGUUCAACGCUGCACGGAGCUGCUCAAAGAUACUCCUGCAGAUGGACGACGUGACAAGCUCCCUGAAAGUGAAGCCAAACAUCUCUCUCACCCCCUGGUGGCUGGCUGCAGUCAAGAACCAGUUCCCAUGGCAAAUGGAGAGGAGGAGGGUAAAGAGCAGGAGCUUGAGGGUAUGUUGAGGGUCUCUGCUUUUCCUCGUGAUCUAAAAGAACUACUGCCAAGCAUCAAGGUCUGGUCUGACUGGAUGUUGGGACAACCAGACCAGUGGAACCCACCGCCAUGCAGUAUAGAUGGUAGCCCUAAUGUUUGGCAAUGCCUGGCUGACCUGUGUAAUGUGCUGGCACGUGUGGACCACGAGGAAGUGCCCCUUUUCAAAGCGGACACUGAUGAAGGCGAGGGAGAUGAAGAGUUGACUGUGCUACAGUUGAAGGAGGACAGGUUGCUUGCUGGUUUUGUACCAAUACUGGCUGCACCACAGGAGGCGUGUUACACAGACAGCCACACUGACAUGACAAUAGCAGAAGAUUGUAAGAGAGUGACGGUGCUCAAGUACUUUCUGGAGGCGUUGUGUGGACAGGAGGAGCCUCUGUUGGCCUUCAAGGGUGGCAAGUACAUCUCUGUGGCAACUUCUCCUCCACCCGACCACUCGGCGAAUACAGGAGGCAGGCAGGGUUCUCUCACAGAGAAAGAGGCUGAUGAUGUCAUAGUCGAGGCAGAGUCGUCUCUCUCCACGUCAGAAGGAGAGGAGGAGGCGGAUGAUAGUGAGAAUGACAUCAGACAGCUGAAGGCACGACGCCAUGUCCUCACCAACAAACUGGCACAGCAACAGAAGCGCAAGGACAAAAUACAGGCGGUUCUGCAGACUGGUGGGCAGUUGGAGCUGGAAGUGAGGCCUCUUUUUUUGGUUCCAGACACCAAUGGAUUCAUUGAUCAUUUGGAAGGGCUGCAGAAACUUCUUAAGUGUAGAACCUACAUCAUAGUUUUGCCUCUCAUUGUGAUUACGGAGUUAGACGGCUUGGCUAAAGGCCAGGACAACUUUGGUGGUGGAGUUGGGUCAGGUGGUCGCAACUCGGGCAGUCGUGGCAACCAUAAUGUCAGUUCCGCCCAUGUGCGGUCUGUGCAGGAGAAGGCCCGGUUGGCAGUGGCUUUCCUAGAGAAAGGAUUCGAGGCCAGGGAACCGUGCCUCCGGGCCCUAACAAGCAGGGGAAGCCAGCUUGAGUCUAUUGCUUUCCGGAGCGAAGAUACCUCUGGACAACAGGGGAACAAUGAUGACGUGAUUCUGUCCUGCUGUCUCCACUACUGCAAAGACAAGGCAAAAGAUUUCAUGCCUGAACAGAGAAAUGGGACAGUGAGGCUCCACCGAGAGGUCGUACUCCUCACAGAUGACCGCAACCUGCGCGUCAAAGCGUUGACCCGCAACGUCCCUGUGCGAGACAUCUCUGCUUUCCUCAGCUGGGCCAAAGUGGGGUGAACCAAGCUCAGCUGGAGUCAAAGGAAGCCAACUGCUGAAGCCUGCUUGCACCUCAGCCAGAGGAGGAGACACACUUAAACAGAUGAAGAAGAGGAUGAAAUGACGGGAGAGAGGAGAUGAAGAAGAGAGCAAACAACCACUACUUAUGAAACACAAGUAAAUGUAGUGAGAGUGGUUUCUGUGAGCUUUUCCCUCUUGUGAUGAAGUGUGUGUGUGUGUUGUGUUAAGAUCAGUGAGCUUCCUCAGAGGGAGACAGGAGACUUGAUGAGUCUCAGGAAGGCUGGACUACAGAGUGGGGGGAGUAAAAAUGGAGUGAUGUGAUUUGUAAGUUGUCGGGUCCAGCCUCGACCCUCUGCACCUAGUUAGUGAGUGUGUACUCUGCAAGCGGUAUUAAAUCUGGGCCUGAUGAUAGGAUGAGCCAGAGAGAGGGAGUGUUAAUGGUCAUUUAAUUGAUGAAAUACAUCAGUACUGAAGGCCACACCUGGCACUUCCCUACUUCUCUGAGGGCCCAGUCUUACAGACUGCUGUGGCCCCUACAGCAGAGCUGAGGGAAAGGAAGGCGGAGAGAAGCACAGCUGGAGCGUCUGUGUCAGUCCAGUUGACAGAGGCUUAAUGUAGUGAGGAUUAAUCAAGAGCCCUCGGUCAACCUCAGCCCCAGCAAGGAAUCACAAGAAGGUACAGUGUUUCCUGCUCAACCAGGAAGUGCACUGUGCCUUUGAUUAUCAUCCAGUUUGAAGCCAACAUUCAGUUCUUGAUAUUGCCAGCAAAUGGUUUUAAAAAGUCAACAACACCAAAAGGUUUGGUUCAUUCAUAUUUUGUUCUGUUUUUGACUUUUUGAGUUAAUUUGUUAAAAGUUUUGUUCUUUCAUGAAGGCAAUUUUUCCCCUUUAACAUCAUAAAACACACUGAUAAUAUACAUCUGCAAAUUUGACCACUAGGAACCAUACUUCUGGGUGCAAAUGCAUUUGUACAUAGUCCAUAAUUUGUGUGUAUGAGCAGUGUAAACCGUGCUUUAUUACAUCAUGGCUGUUUGGGUUGAGUUUUCAGGUUCAGAAACAUUUUAUCAUAAUGGAAUUUAGUCGUUUAAGCAAAAUGUGAAGCCAGAGUCUGCAGUAGUGUAGAGGAGCAGGAGGGAGGAUUUCCUGCAGAUACAUGCACUCGACUGACUGCAAGUUGAUUUCAGCUAAUUUAAACCAAUUUUUCUGAAUCAUCACUUGGACACAUCAGUGUGAGAAGAACUAUCUAAAAUGACAGAAAACAUCUGAGUUCAUUUUGUUUAACAUAUCAUGGUGCCAGCCACCAGGGGGCGAUGGAGAUAAUUUGGCUUCAUUUUUAGGGAGUUGUUCUGACCUCCAUUGUUGGGUAUCAGUGUUUUGUGCUUUGACGUUCAUACCACCUCAAUAGUUUACCUUUUGACAAAAUGCUUUUAUUAGCCAAAACCUGUUUUCCUGUUCAGAGCGUAGCAUUGUGGUUCAGAUAUCCACUUUACUUUAGUUAGGAUAAAAUACAUGUCUCAAAUCGCAGCUUGUAAAAUUUAGCAUUUCACUGAUAGGUAGAGAUUGUGUUGGAGAUUUAGCUUGUUCUUUGUUCGAGACAUAAACUGAGAUGUCAGUUUAUUUCUAUGUACUUGUCAGACACCUCAAAACAGAUAUAAUCUACACCUCUGUUAUUUGACCUCAUCCAGAAUUGAAAGUUCACUCUCCACAUGUUCACCAUAUGUUAAUGCUGUAAUGUAGGCCGAUGUGGCUAUUCUACUUUCUGUUUGUGUUGUACCUUUUCAAAGCCUAUAACUUCCAUCCGCAGAUGAAGUGUCCGUAUUUGUGUUAACAGGUUAAUUCAUUCUUUUCAGCACCUCUGUUCUUUCUGUAGCCUCUGUUAAGUUGCACUGCUUCCGUGUUUUAGUGUCAGUGCAAAUGUAGUCAGUAAUUGACAUGACAAGUGGUUUUUUCUUCAUCAUUAAAAAAUGACUUUAAAAUGCA